GGAGCCCGCGAGAGUAGCGGAUGUGUGACGUUGUCACAGCAUGAACCGUGACGUCUUGAAUCGGUCUGCCGGACCGAACCCGCCGGGGGCGUCGAUGACGCACGGGCGCUUAUUCUCCACGUCCUUCCACGUUGACCUCGAAUGUUACCUUUGUUCUUAACCAGUACUUGCCUUCGACCCUCACCUUCUUCUUAAGCAACAAUCUGAUUAACCACGAAUUCCAUCGACGAUGGCUCGAGAUCGCAUCCUCCUCGAAAAGAUCCCGGCGCUCACGUUCUACGCGGGCGAAGACACCGUCGCGCGGCGCUCUGACCCCAUCCCGCAGCUGACGUGCAUCGGGAAGCCGUGCAAGAUCUACCAGCCGGAGGUCGUUAGAUGUACUAAUACUGGGGGUACGGGGACGGAGGUGGAGUGGAAGUGCAAGGCGGAUCUGCCAGAGGCUUUGAGGUUUGGGAGGGUAGAGGUGUCGUGCGAGGGCUAUUCGCGACCAGGCGAUCCGUACGUCCUCAAAGGAUCCUGCGGAUUGCAGUACAAGCUGGUGCAAGUGCCAGGUGCAUUGAGGAAUGAGGAUGAAGGCUGGGCAGACUCUUGGAAUACGUUCAGCGAGUGUGCGUACAUCCAUCUAUACCCUUUCUUGUUCUUCUCUUCAUUGACCUUCCGACCUUACAGCCACCGACGUCCUCACCAUUCUCUUUAACAUAGUCUGGCUCGGCCUCCUCGUAUGGAUUCUGUACGGCAUCAUAU